UUAGAUGGUAUAGAUCAGAGCAGAGGAGGCAGCAGGGCGUUUCUAAAUAAUACACUGUGGUCGAGAGCAGGGGAGGGGUUAUUGAACCUGCACUAAACAUGGACGGAAAGCCGAGUUGCAUAUUGAAUGUCUAAAUAACUGCUUUUUUAAAGGAAACAUCCGGCAAGUUGCUGGCGGGAUAAGGAAGGACGGCCCUCCUGUUGGCAUCUGGACAAAUAAAUCGGUGAUUGGUGCUCUCUGGGACAACAUCUGCCGUUGCUGUGAGGAGGACAUCUCUUUCCAGAGCCUGUAUUUUGAGCCUCUACACUUGUGAUUGUUAUUGCAUUCGAAGCAUCCAUCAGCAGAACCACAAGCACCGCAACCACGCAGCAGCCUGCAGAGAGUGACAGCUGACCCGACAGUGAACUCCACAAGCUCAGGAUGGAGGAGCACAUUUAUGCGACGGGAAUGGCCGCCAAGCUGAGGAGCCAGUGGGAUCGCGACGAUGGUCUGGGACAGUAUCACAAGGCUGUGAAGUUUCUGGGUCAGGACUACGAGUGUCUGAAAGCCCAGUGCCUCCAAGGUAGGAGGCUGUUUGAGGAUAGUUCGUUCGCAUGUGCCACAUCGUCUCUGGGGUUCAAGGAGCUCGGACCGAGAUCCUCCAAGACGUCCGGAGUCCGCUGGAUGAGGCCCACGGAGUUCUGCAAGCGUCCUGAGUUCAUCGUAGAUGGAGCCACUCGCACAGACAUCUGUCAGGGAGCUCUGGGGGACUGCUGGCUGCUGGCGGCCAUCGCCUCGCUGACCUUAAACGACGACCUCCUCCACAGGGUGGUUCCUCACGGACAGGACUUCCAGCAGGGAUAUGCCGGCAUCUUUCACUUCCAGUUCUGGCAGUUUGGCGAGUGGGUCGAGGUGGUGAUCGACGACCGGCUGCCCGUGAAGGACGGGAAGCUGCUGUUUGUCCACUCGGCAGAGGGGACCGAGUUCUGGAGCGCGCUGCUGGAAAAGGCCUACGCUAAGUUGAACGGCUGUUAUGAGGCUCUGUCAGGAGGCAGCACGUCCGAGGGCUUUGAGGACUUUACAGGCGGCGUGACGGAGAUGUACGAGCUGAGGAAAGCCCCCUCCGACCUCUACAGCAUCAUCAGCCGGGCCAUAGAGAGAGGCUCGCUGCUGGGCUGCUCCAUAGACACCACCAGCUCGUCGGAACAGGAGGCCGUCACGUUUAAGAAGCUGGUGAAGGGACAUGCCUACUCUGUGACCGGUGUGGACGAGGUGGUGUACAGAGGAAAUAUGACCAAGCUGGUUCGCAUCAGGAACCCAUGGGGGGAAGUGGAGUGGACCGGAGCCUGGAGCGACAACUCCAGAGAGUGGGACAGUGUGGAUAGCUCCGUCAGAAGUCGUCUACAGAACCGCAGCGAGGACGGUGAAUUCUGGAUGUCGUUCAGUGACUUCCUGCGCGAGUUCACCCGUCUGGAGCUCUGCAACCUGACGGCCGACGCUCUGCAGAACAGCCAGCUGAAGAAGUGGAGCUCCUCGCUCUAUCAGGGGGAGUGGAGGAGGGGCAGCACCGCUGGGGGUUGCAGGAACUUCCCAGCAUCCUUUUGGCUGAACCCCCAGUUCAAGAUUUCGCUGACGCACUCGGACUCUCCCGGCCAAUCAGACUGCAGCUUCCUGGUUGGCCUCAUGCAGAAGGACCGCAGGAAGAAGCGGCAGGAGGGCAAAGACAUGGAGACCAUCGGGUUCGCCCUCUAUGAGGUUCCAAAUGAGUUUAAGGGCAGGUCAGGCGUCCACCUGAAGCGAGACUUUUUCCUCACCCACGCCUCCAGCGCUCGCUCAGAGCUCUUCAUCAACCUGAGGGAGGUCAGCUCGCGGUUGCGGCUGCCGGCUGGGGAGUACAUCAUCGUCCCCUCCACCUUCGAGCCGAACAAAGAGGGCGACUUCUGCCUCAGAGUUUUCUCCGAGAAGCCAGCCGAAUCAGAGGAGCUGGAUGAUGACGUUACAGCAGAGCUUCCGACAGAGACCGAGCUAGACGAGAGCCAGAUCGACGCCGCCUUCAAGAAUCUCUUCAGACAGCUGGCAGGGCCGGACAUGGAGAUCAGCAUCACGGAGCUGCAAACCAUAUUGAACAGGAUCAUCAGCAAACAUAAAGACCUGAAGACAGACGGCUUCACAAAAGAAGCUUGUCGCAGUAUGAUAAGCCUCAUGGACACGGACGGCAGUGGAAAGCUCGGCCUGACAGAGUUCCACGUGCUCUGGGAAAAGGUUAAACGCUACCUGACCAUAUUCAGGCAGUUCGACUUGGACAAAUCGGGCACCAUGAGCUCCUAUGAGAUGAGGAUGGCUCUUGAAUCUGCAGGUUUCAAGCUGACCAACCAGCUGUUCCAGCUGAUCAUCCUGCGCUACACGGAGGCCGACAUGUCUGUCGACUUUGACAACUUUGUCACCUGUCUGGUCCGACUGGAGACCAUGUUCAAAACCUUUAAGACCAUGGACACAGAUAACGACGGUUUCAUGUCCCUCAACUUCCAUCAGUGGAUUACCCUGACCAUGUUUGCCUAGAGAUGAGUGGACCUCUCUGUAAAUGUUGCACUGCGUCCUGCUGCAGCUCCAGGUCCCCAGUAUGUGUUGUUUCAGAAGUGCCUUUUCUCUCCACCAGUUCUUCCUCUCGCUGCUGAGGCCCUCUGAUGCUAAAAGACUGUAAAUUCAUCUUUGCAGUGCCUACAUUGGAAAACAUGUGCCAAUCCUUUAUUUGUCACCUGUUUUGCCAACAGAGGGAACGCUCGCCUCUCGUAUCCUGACGGUCGAUUUUUGCGGUCGCACUGACGUUUUUUAACUAUUUUAGCACUAAUCUGGGGCAGAAAUAAACAUAUUGGUUACAUUUCAGUGGGUGGAGACAAAAAGUCCCACAUUUUUGUACUAUAUAUAUAUACAGUAUGUAUAUGUAGCUUGUUUGGUUGAACAAAAAAGCAAUCCAGCCAUAUAUUUCCUUAAAAGUGACCUCCUUAUAGGGCUGGGCGAUAUGGCCAAAAUCUUCUAUCAC